AUGAUAGCGAAUCACAACUAAGUCGAAGAAGAACCAACUUUCGAUGAUUUUAUUCAGAUCGGCAUGCUUGAUAUAGACAUUAGCUCAUACUUUAUGAACUGCUACUCGAUUCAAGAUUAUUCUACUAAAACUUAAGUUUUAAGUGGAUUAUCUCCUUCGAAAUUUCAGAUUUAAGAUGAUAAGCAGAAAACAAAUCAGAAGAAUGAUGAAAUAUUCUAAGAGCAAAUUUAAACUAUCCAAGAAUACAACAAUAAGGACUCAACAAUUAGUGAAUAGAGUUACUUAGAGUCUAUUGGCUAGAUUAACCCUGAAAACAAUUUAAUCUCUUAAUUUGAAAAAUACUAGCUUGAUGAUUCUUAAAAUAUGAGAUUAUCUGGAUCUAAUUUUCAUGCUUCCAUAUUAUCAAUCCCCAAUAAAUCUAAUAACCAUGAAAGGCUAAAACAAGGAUUUAAGACUCAAAAGUCUCAGGAUCAAAGUCUUAGACUUUUGAAAAAUAAAGAUUAGCUUUUAAUGCUAGAAAAUGAGUAUUAAAAGUGUAAAAAUUGGGAUAAAUAUCAUAUGAAAAAGCUAAGUAUGUAACUGGGUCUAACAAGAAAUUAAAUAUACAAAUGGAAAUGGGAUAGAUAGGCUUAAGAAAAAAAUCAAUUCGACAGAUAUAUACAUAAUAUCAAGAAAUCAUCAUAAUAAGUAUUUAAAGUUCUAAAAGACGAAAAACUCGGUCCAUGCUAUAAGGACUGCACAGUUAUUUUUGAAAUCAGCAGGGUAAAAUAAUGA